AUGUCCGCUGCUACUAAAGUCACUGUUUACAACGACGAGUUCCCUCUCAAGCCUCACAACAGUCCCGCUGUCAAGAUCGGUAACCUUGUCUACUGCUCCGGUCAAGUUGGUAUGGGUGAGAUCAAGGCUGCUACCAGGGAAUCCUUAGGAAACUUGAAGAAGGUCCUUGAGCUCUCCGGCUCAUCAUUGGAGAAGGUCGUUAAAUACAACGUCUUCCUCAAAGAUAUGGAUGAGAUGCUCACCAUGAACGAAGCUUUCGUUGCCUUCUUACCUGACCCCAAGCCCGCUAGAACCUGUAUCCAAGCUGGUAAAUUACCUGGUGGACCCAACGCUUCCAUCGAGAUUGAAUGUGUUGCUGAGCUCUAA